GCCGACUGUCACAUGAUCUGCGAUUCGCUCGCUCGGUAUUUGGGAAGACGUUUGACAUUUUCGCUCGUCCUCUUUGCAAGCUUGUCGUCUUCGCGAUGGCCGGCCGCGGGAAACUGAUCGCCGUGAUCGGCGACGAAGACACGUGCACCGGAUUCUUACUCGGUGGCAUCGGCGAACUCAACAAGAACCGAAAACCGAAUUUCUUGGUGGUGGAGAAGGACACGAGCGUCACAGAGAUCGAGGAGACCUUCAAGAGCUUCCUGGCUCGCAACGACAUCGGCAUCAUCCUCAUCAACCAGUUCAUCGCCGAAAUGAUCCGGCACGCCAUCGACGCUCACGUGCAGUCCAUCCCGGCCGUGCUGGAGAUCCCCUCCAAAGAGCAUCCCUACGACGCUUCCAAGGACUCCAUCCUGCGGCGGGCCAAGGGCAUGUUCUCUGCCGACGACUUCCGAUAAAAAGCCAAAUUGUCCUGUUUGUCUUUGUGGUCGCGGGACCCAAAGUGUGCUCGCGUCCCAGGAUGUGAAAAUGUGUCAUGUGAUUCACUGUGUUGUGUUUUAAAUUAUAAAGUCAGAUCGAUUUGA